AAUUGUAGGGAUUUGUUUGGUUUCAAAAUCUUGUUUCUCAGUGUUCUGAAAUCUAAAAUUUCCAAUCUACAAAGGCCAGUACGACAGUUUACGUCAAUAUAUAUAUUUUUAGCAGGCCUUAAUUCUACUUAGUCGAAAAUUAGUUUCUAUUUAAAAAAAUAUGUUGUUAAAACAUUACGCUUGUGCAAUAUUUACAUUAACGUUAGUAGCGUUUAUCAAUGCGUCCAAAGAGACAUUGGUGUUGUUGAACAGUUUGGUGAUCAAAGAAACACAUUCCAUAUUUUUCAGUAGCCUUAAAGAUAGAGGAUAUCACCUUACAUUUAAAUCAGCCGAUGAUCCUUCUCUAGUGCUUUCAAAACACGGAAAAUAUUUCUAUGAAAAUUUAAUCAUAUUUGCGCCGAACGUACAAGAAUUUGGUGGAGCUCUUGGUAUUGAUGUGAUCACUGAGUUCAUUGAUAAUGGAGGAAAUGUGUUGUUUACGGGUGGAGUGUCGACUGGAUCAGCACUCAGGGAAUUGGCCGCCGAAUGUGGUUUUGAAGUUACUGAGGAAAACUCAUCAUUAAUUGACCAUUUGAAUUAUGACGCCAGCGAUCCUGGAAAACACACAAGAGUAGUUAUUAGUUCUUCAAAUCUUAUCGAGUCAGAAGAAAUUGUUGGAACUAAAAAUGCAAAACCUUUGCUGUACGAAGGUACAACUGUGAUUGCCGACUCGCGGAAUCCUCUCGUACUUCCAAUUUUGCAUGCCGAAGAUACCGCAUAUUCUUAUAAACCAGACGCUACCAUUAAGGAUUAUACACUCGGAACUGGUAAAGACCUUCUGCUCAUAGCGGCUCUUCAAGCCAGAAAUAACGCUAGGGUUGUGUUCUCCGGAUCAUUGUAUUUUUUUUCAGACGCUGCUUUCAAGUCGUCUGUUCAACGAGUAACUGAUGGGAAAGUGGAUGACGUCUCAGGUAACCAACAAGUCGCCACCAAUAUCGCUUUAUGGGCAUUGAAAGACAGAGGUGUGAUUCGAGUAAAAUCAGUUUCUCACCACAAGAUCGGUGAGACAUCACCUCCACCGUCGUACACUAUUAUGGACAUGGCCGUGUAUUUACUUGAAUUGGAACGAUGGGAAAACGGCAAAUGGGUUCCGCACAAUGCCAACGACGUACAAGUUGAAUUUGUGCGCAUCGAUCCAUUCUGGCGUGGAAACCUCAAGAGUGUGGGAUCUGGCAAGUACGAGUUUACGUUCAAAAUACCGGACACUUAUGGAGUGUAUCAAUUCAAAAUUGAUUACAACAGAGUUGGAUUUACGGCUCUGAGGAGCUCAACUAUGGUGUCCGUCAUACCGUUAGAGCAUACCCAGUACGAGAGAUUUAUCUUGAGUGCGUAUCCGUAUUACGCGAGUGCUUUUUCAAUGAUGUUUGGCGUAUUUUUGUUCAGUUUUGUGUUCCUGCAUUAUCGCGAAGACAAUGAUAAGAUUAAAGGAGAGUAACUCAGACUGUUAGUUACGACGAUAAGAUUUGUGUAAGACAUGCACAGUAAUAAUAAUAAAUAAAUAAAAUAUGUGAAUGGCAGUUCUGAAUAAAACAAAUUUUGUAUACAUACCAUUUAAUUGUUUUACCAUGACCUCACACAAAAUAAUUAUUGGAUCAAAUUGUUUUUUCUUGGAAAAAUAUUAUGCAUUUUGUAUUCUUUCAUAAAUUAUUAUUAUUUUUGUAUAUUUUGUAGUUUAAGCGACAACAUUGAUUGUGCACAAUAUUGAAAUUCACAAUUUAUAUUUAUAUAUAUAUUAUUGGCACACGAGUAUAUAAUACAAUGAAAAUAAUAUUAAUGUAUUAAACAUUUAAAUGGUGAUGUAUUAUUUUAAUAACGCCUUAUUAAAUGAACUCUUUUGUUGUCUGA